AUGUACCACUUAAGUGCUCUUUUGACUCAGCAGGAAGUGAGGAAGGCCAUCCUAUCAUCAGGUUUCUUGGUUGUUCGCUCCAGAAGACUUCUCUUGAGUCUUGAAGAUGCUCAGAAAUUCUAUGCUGAGCAUGAGGGCAAGUUCUUUUACAGCCGGCUCAUCUCCUACAUGACAAGUGGUCCAAUUCAGGUUCAUCUGUUAGCACGUCCAGAUGCAAUCCUUGUAUGGAGACGCCUCCUGGGACCAACCCGUUCCUAUAGGGCUCAAUUUAUUGCUCCUCACACAAUUCGAGGACGAUUUGGAGUUUCAGAUACACGCAAUGUUGCCCAUGGCUCUGAUUCUGAUGAGGCAGCCAGGCGAGAGACAGCCAUCAUGUUUCCCAAUUUUGAUUGGGAUGAAUGUGCUACACAAAAAGAACUCAGAAAUAAGGAAGAAAGGAUGAACCUAGUCAGGAGAGUGACUUUGGGAAUGGUGGGUCUGAUGGAGAGGAGGGUGGUGGGUUCAUGUCAUCUGUUCCCUGGCCUUUCUUAUCCCUCCAGUCGCUCCAUGUUCAUCCAAACUCAAGACACUCCCAAUCCCAACAGCCUCAAGUUCCAUCCUGGGGUCAAAGUACUGGAGUCGGGGACAUUGGAUUUCCAGAGUCCUGGUGAGGCUCACGUUUCGCCUCUUGCAAGACAGCUGUUCCGCAUUGAUGGUGUGAAGGCUGUUUUCCUUGGCCCUACUUUUGUCACUGUCACCAAGGUUGAUGAUGAGAUGGAGUGGUCAGUCCUGAAACCAGAGAUAUUUGCAACUAUUAUGGAUUUCUUUUCUUCAGGGCUUCCUAUUGUUACAGGGGAACUUCCAUCACCUGAUACACAGAUCGAGGGAGAUGAUGAUGAAACAGUGAUCCUAAUUAAGGAACUCCUGGACACUCGCAUUCGCCCAGUGGUGCAGGAAGAUGGUGGAGACAUUGUCUAUAGAGGCUUUAAGAAUGGAAUUGUGAAGCUGAAGCUUCAGGGAUCCUGUGUUGGCUGUUCAAGCUCCCUUGUAACCCUGAAAUCUGGAGUUCAAAACAUGCUUCAGUUCUACAUCCCUGAAGUCCUUGGAGUUGAGGAGGUCCAGGAUGAGGUCGACAACAUUGCCCAUAAGGAAUUUGAAAAAUUUGAACAGAAACUCCGACAUGAAGAUGAAAAGACAUGAAAACCCUUUUUUUUAUUACGUCAGUACUAUACGUGAUGAAAUCUUUCCAUUCAUAAAAAAAAGGCUGAUAUAUGGUAUCCCUGCUGGUAACCCUGCC